AUGCACCGGACCGCGAACCUGCAACCGGCACUGGGCAUGGAGCUCGCCGGGCGGCACAGCCAACAAGCCGUCCAAGCACUCGGGGAAUCCCCCGACGCAUCAAGCGUCCACAGACCUGUGACCCAGCCAAACCAAAACGGAAAGCUACCAGACAAGCGGCAAGGAACCCACGGGAGACCUGGGCCUGGGAGAAUGGGAACCCCCAGCUCACCCACCACGAGCCACAUGCAAGGAGCCUGGUUCAACACACAGCCCUUCCUGGGGAUGAAUAGCACUACCUCACCGACCAUGCAGCCUAACAUGCUCCGAUGGCCCAUACGUGGUAUCGGAUAA